AUGCAUUACAUAGAGUAAUUAAAUCUACUGAAUCCCAUAAUUAAAGAGUGCUUGAGCAGUAAGCAAAAGAAUGGCAAGAUAAUUAAGAUAAAAUGGAAAUAGAAAGUGCCUCUAUACAAAAUACCUAAAAACAAUAAAAAAAGCUACAUAGAGGAGCUCUUCUCCCGAGUGGAAGCCAUUUAAAUUGGAAAGAUUAAAUAAAUGAAAUUCUCAAAUGAUAAUAAAAAAUUUUUUUAAUUGUAUGAAACCUACCAUCCAUAAUACUAUAUUAAAUGUAUAUAAUAACUAUAAAAAUUUCCUUUAAUUGAUAUAAAUAAAUCUUUGAUUCAAAAAAGUUUACAAUUUAAUAAAUCUUAAAUACUAAACGAGUUUUUAUUCAAUAUAUAUUUUCUGUAGCAAAUGGUAGACAUAAAAUUACUAAAACAAAUACUUUAAGCAAUACACGAUAAGUUUAAUAGCGUAUUUUAAAAGGUUUUGAAAAAAGAUAUAUCAGAUGCUCAAGAGCAGACUGUAUUAGCUAGUAUAGUGUUGAUAUUACAAUAAACAUAGACAUUUGAAAUUAUUUCUAUAGCAAAUGGUACAAAAUCUAUUGGUAAGAAAAAUAUGUCAGAGCUAGGCAAUUUAGUUAAUGACUCCCAUGCUGAAAUUCUAGCAAGAAGAGCUUUUAAAAAAUUUCUCUAUGAUAAUCUAAAUAAUCCUAAAUACUUUUAAAUUAAUGAUAAUAAUAAAUAUGUUUAAAAGUUUAAAGUUUUAUUUUAUACGAGCUAAACUCCUUGCGGAUAGGCUUCAAUAUUUCAAAAUUUAAAUGGCAACAUACUACCAAGUGUUUCUAAUUGUAUCUAGGAUUAAGUAAUUAAUAGUUCAAAUAAUGAAACCUAAACUCCUGAGCAGAAAUAAAAAUUCUUUUAAAACACAGGAGCUAAAUACUACAGCUUCUUGUACGAUGAAAAAUAUCAAGUAGAAAAAGAUUAACAAAAUAAUAUACUUAGAAUAAAACCAGGAAGAAGUGAUUUACCUUAAGAUUCAAGAAGUUAAAGCUUGAGUUGUAGUGAUAAGAUAAUGAUAUGGAAUGUUAUUGGUUUACAAGGAAGUUUACUUUCUGAGCUAUUAGACAGACCAAUCUAUAUUGAUUACUUUUUUAUUGAAAGUGAUGGUAAUGACUUGAAGGAAUUUAAGCAAAAAGUAAGACAAGGUAUUAAUCUUGAAACUAGAUUAAACGAGUAGUUUACAAAUAAACGUCUAAAAGAAAAUGUUUUGAAAUGGAGAAAAAAACCUAUUAGCAAGAAUUACUUCUUUAAAAAUCCUCCAAUAAUUGUAACAAAAAAAUAUUUUUUUAAGCUUAAUAGAAAUCUUAGCUAAAAUAAGCCAAAAUAUUUGGAUUAGCAUAUAGUCUAUUUAAGCGAAUAUAUUGAUAAUAAUGGUGAAAAGAAAGUAGAAUUUACUGAAAUUUUAAAUGGUAGCAGUGGCUUAAAAUGGGGAAUGGGUGAAAAAGGAUCACAAAUCCCAAAAAAUUACCCUGCACUAUGUAAAUAUAACUUGUAUAAAGCAUAUUGCCAAAUAAAACAUAUGAGUAGUAAGAAAAGCUAUUUAGUAAACAAAGAAUAAUCUAUUAAAUAUAAUCUAAUUAAAAGGUAACUGCUAAAGUUGUUUAAGGAAAAUAUAGUCGAUAAAAAAAGAUACGAUAAUUUUUGUAUUGCUGAAUAAUAAUGA